AUGAAUCCAAAUGCUCGCAAAAAUGGUGUACCAAAAACGCAGAAAGCUAAAACUCCACCUACACCAAAGCCAAAACCUCCCAAACUUUCCACGGCACCUUCAAAUCGAAUUGAUAGUGAGCCAAAUUCAUCAUCCACUCAUAAACAAUCGAAUCCAAACACAAUAGUAGUCCGUGGUUCAAAUAUUAAUAGACUAUCAAGCGUUUUUGAAGAUCCAAAUCUAACAGCAGAUCAAACGAUUAUCAAAUCUCGUGUCGCCCCGUCGCUUCCUUUAUCACCAAAAUUGCCUGUCCCUAUGGUCAAGAAAACUUACAUAAAAAAAUCUGUCUCACGUGAUAAUUUUGCGAGUGAGAAAAGGGCAAAUAUUGACGAAUCUUCAUUAAUAUUUGACGAUAUCAAAGCGAAAUUUCAACAUGCCGACGAAAGUGAUGGUGCAAUUCCUAUUCAAACAAAAAAAUUUGCCAGUAAUCGUUCUAUUAUAUCAUCAAAAAGCCCAGAUGAAAGAAUAAGUACGCCUACCAGCUUACACAAACGUACAAGUAAUGCCAAUAUUAAGGAAUCAGGCUCAUUUGCGAGCAGUGAAGAUGGUGUCGAUCUUGAUUGGGUUGAUAUACCAUAUAUUAAUCAAGUACUAGAUAUGAAUGAGGGAAAUAAUUUAAAUGAUUCAGAUAUCAUGUCACAAACAUCAAAUUCAUCAAUUGGUAAAAAUCCUGGGAGAAGCAAUUCACAUAGUGCCCAGUCUUCAAAAAGAAAUUCUAUUGUUAUACCAUCAAAUGAUUUUGAAGCGAAGAAAGCUAGCAUUGCAAAUUUACUUUCAGGAUCAUCUCCGAUUUUAGUACGGCCUAAGGAUUUACAUCUAGAGACUUCAAAAGCUUUACCUCCGAUACCAACGCGGUCUCCUUUACAGUCUCCAUCUAUAAAGGUCAUGUCCCCUCUUUCAGACAUAAAUAGUGGAUCUAAAAGCGAAAUAUCGUUAACAAGUUUUUCAAGCGAAACAACACUUGUUGAAGAGGAUGAAUAUUCAAUUGAUUUAAAAAGGCGCAAAAAACUGUGGAAUGUUAUAAAGGAGUUAGUAGAAACUGAAAGGGUUUUCUUUCAAGACAUGGUACUUUUAGAAGAGGUUUAUUCUAUACAAGCACAAGAAGUUCCUAUUUUCAACCAGUAUGAUUCUAGUGGAAUCGGAGACGCAGAUGAUGACCCUGAAAAACAUUACGAACUUGAGAAUGAUAAUACAAGCAUUGGAGAGGCGUUUGCACAGAUGAUGAGAAAGUCUCAGGGUGAGGACAGCAGAUUAGAGGCGGUUUAUGGAGAAUAUUGCAAAAGACAUGAAGCAGCCGUUCAGAAACUUCAGGAAUUCGACAAUGACGAUGAAGUUCAAGGGUUUUUACAGAAAUGUAAAAGCCAAUGCGAAGGCCGAACGAGAAGUUGGGAUAUCGCCAGUCUUUUAAUAAAGCCAGUGCAGCAUGUUUGUCAAAGGCCAAAUUUUUGCACGUAUGUCGCCAGACGAGACACACGAAUUAAUAGAAAAAUACAAGAAAUAGGAUAUUGUGUUGACUUUUGUGGUGAUGGUGCCAACGAUUGUGGUGCACUUAAAGCGGCUGAUGUUGGACUGUCACUUUCUGGUGCAGAAGCUUCUGUUGCAGCUCCAUUUACGAGUCGUAAUAUGGAUAUCGGCUAUGUUAUCGAAGUUAUUAA